AAGCUGCUGGCCAGCCCGUCGUUUCACCGGAUGGUUGGGAGAGUCCAUCAGAAGGUGCAGCACAUUCGUCAUGGUGUACCUCCCGAGGAGAUGGGAGGUACCAAUAUCGACAAGAAUAAUGAUAGUCUUCAGCGUUUCGCUCGAUAUUUCAAGGAAGAGAUUAAGGAUCAGUUCAAAGGCAAACCGCCGAACAAACUGUGA